AUAGUUCAUCCAUCAUAUAAUCAGAAAUGUCCAUCCAUUUGACUGAAAAUUCACAUCUUGAAAAAUUCUCUCUCGAAGCCAAGGAUGAAGCAGAGAGUCUGACAUAUAGCUUAAAUAUUUAGCUCAUAAACAAGCUUUUAACAUUAACCUCCCUAAAAGAAACUCAACUAUCUGAUGAGGUAGGCUAAAAUACUUACUUUACAAAUCAGUUGUUUCACAUAACCUCUCUAAAAGAAACCCAAAAAUAUCUGACGAGGCAGGUGGAACCAAUACUUAAUCAUACCAAGAUGCCAUGUCCCCUCUAUUCUUGUCUUACACAUAAUCCACUAUUCAACGAGUGCAUAAUGCUUUUCUCUUUCCCGAGUACAUAUUCCAAACACCCUUCUGCUUCAAGCUAAACCUGGUCCCUAUUCCUACUUGUUCUAGUUCUUUCUAUAUAUUCAACCCAAACACACCAAAACCAUUUAACUCAACUCUCCAUUCUCAUAUUAUUUGAUGCUUGUUCUUCUUCUUCUUCCAUAUUAGCCUCUACUGAUCAUUCCUUGAUGAAGUACGGCGAGAUUACCCACUUCAGCCACCCGCAGCACAAGCUGCGAUAUGAGUACUCGGAGAUCCCCUUCAAGUGCGAUGGGUGCAAAGAAGUUGGCAUCGGCACCCGCUUCAAGUGCAGCACGUGCGAUUAUGAUCUCCACAAACAGUGCGCGCUGCCCUCGCCGACAGCACCCUCACCAACUAUCAUCCGCCACCCUUUCUACCCUAAAUGCACGUUCCAAUUCAUGGCACGCGCACCAGGUGGGGAGGGGUCACGGUACUGUAAUGCGUGCGGACGCGAUGUGAGAGGGUUCGUGUACCAUUGCCGCGCGUGUGGGUUCGACCUGCACCCAUGCUGCGCAGCGCUCCCACAAGUGCUGGAGGCUGGCGGCGGUGGCAGGGACGGUCAGGUGGUGCGACUGUACUUAUACCGUAAGGUUGGGGCUGCAUGCCACCAGUGCGGAAGGAAAGGACAUGGUUGGAGCUACCGGAGCGGGUGCAAGAACUACAACCUCCAUGUUGCCUGCGUGACAGAGAUGCUAGUUGACAGCUGGUAUGAGAUCUAUUAUGGUGUGAAUAAUGGAGGGAAUAGCAGCUGGAAUAACAAUGGGACGAGGGGAAUAGCGGGGGCGAAUAACAGUAAUGGAGGGAUGUAUGGUGUGGGUGGGAAUAGUAAUAGGAUUCCGAGCAUAAGAGGGGUGGGGAAGAAUCACUACAGGGGAAAAGGGAAGGUGAAGAGGUGCUGCGAGCUGGCAGCGAUGGCGGUGCAGGUAAUCAUAUCUGCUGUGCUUGGUGAUCCAACUGCUAUUAUCGCUGGAGUUAUUGGGUCGUUCAUCUCCAGAUGACGAUAAUGUGUGAUCAAAGAGAGAAGAUCUACUGUUUAUUAAAGCUAAUCAAGAGGCCAAACUUUUCUAGUUUAAGUGACUUCAAUGACAUACCUGGUACUUGAUCAAAGUAACGAAAACAGCGAAGUCGUGUAUAGAUCUGAGUGUUUUAUUACUUCGAAAAAAUUCCAGUCCUACUUUGCACAAAAAAGAAAGAAAAAAAAGGAAAAGGAUGCCUGAAAUGCAAAAAAGAUGAAUAACUACACACACAAGCCUAUAGAUGUCCUAAGGAGGGAAAUUUGGCCAACGAAACUUUGACGAAUGAAGAAAAAUAUAUGAGCCAUGUGCACUGAUAGGCCGUUUGGUUGUAUGUAAUCAAAAAUCCAGUAUAGUUAAAAAUAUAUGCAGUUGGAAAUGCAACAUCUACAAUUACAUGCAUCUUAUUUGGUCAGAUGUAAUAGAAAGCGAUGCAAAUAUAUAUAAUUUGUUCGGUUGGAUGUAA